UGGUUGUUGCCCUAAAAAGCAAAAGGAAAAAAAUGAUGGUCACGGACAUCCCCUUUCCCCCGACCCCACUGCUGCUGGACUAACUGAAAUGAUGAACUACUUGCACAACAGUUGAGACGGGACACUCGCUCUCCCAACACGCAGACCAGGAGGCUAACUCAAGCCCUCUGAGCCGUAACUGAGCAUCCCAGCGUCUAUGCCAUGUUAACUCAGAAGCAGCUAGUCAAUACCAUCCAAGUUUAACUGUUGACUCCCAAAGGACCGUUGCCAACUAUCCGGACAAUAACUCAUUUUUGCCCAUACCACAGGCUCUAACACUCCCCCGCCCCCCCAGGGGAACACACUAGAAAAUGGCCCUGGGUCUGGCAGGUACAUCCCCGUGGCUGGGGUUUGCUGCCCUGUGGGGAGUAGGACUAGAGGGGGAUUUAGUGAUUUCAUGUAUAUUCUACCUGGCCCCACCUAAGACCACUAAGGUAAUUAAUCCAGGCUGCUAAUGGAGAAUGGCACCAUUAUAUUACCCCAGGGUUGGUUGGUAUAUCAUCUCUGCAGUGCUUGGCACCGGCUGUGGGAACUGAGGGCGGAUGGGCUGUGAGGUCCUCCUGGCCAGGACAAACCCACGGGCAAGGAUGCUAUUUUCUCAGGAUGCUGGUACGGGUUGUGUUUGGUUUAAUGAUUAUGGUUUCUCCUGUGUUGUGCCUUAAAUUUCAUCCCUAGCCUAAGCGGAGGGCCACAGCGGUGGCCUCACUUGGAAAUGAAUCUGAUUGUUGAGUUUACAGCGAGACGCCGUUGUCAUUCACCUCUGGACUUCAUGAAAAAUCGACCCAAUAAGCACCUGGCUCCAAAAUUUGCCCCCCCCCCCCCUGGUGAAUUACUAUCUUUAGUAUCCUGACUAUCUUACUCUUGAUAUUUUAGCUGCUGAGUUGUCUGCACUGCAUUUGUGGGGUUUGGUUGCAGUGCACCUCUGUUCCUCCCCCCAGGAAUAUAGUGGAAGAGGGUGAGCUGAGACUGCAGGGCAUGUAGGGAUGGAGUGUAUGGUCAGCCACUCAAGAUGGCUGUUCUCUUGCUCUCUGCACAGCCCCUGCUCGACCACUUCCUGCUUCACCUGUACCCUACUUGUAUGACUAUCCAAUCCUCUUAAUCAUAGGGCUUAAUUAGUAAUUAGUAAUUGCCUCUUUGCUUGCCCCCUGCCUCAGCCAUUGGGUUUCCCUGGUAACUGAUGAGCCAACCCAAUGUCAACUCCUCCUAUAAAGAGUAGCUUCUGCCAUGCCCCCCCACCCCCUAGCAAGAAAUGUCCUGCCUGCCAUCUGCCAUACACAGUGGGGUGCCACUCCAGGACUUGGCUUCAGACAAGUAAGAUGCCCUGUCCAGUAAAUCACUGGUGUCUCUGUUGCUGUCUCUGGGCCCUUAGCUGGAUGAAGCCCAGCCACAUCUCCCCUGAGAGUCCCUUUCCAAAGGCAGGACGAUUCUGAGUGCAUUUUUGCCUGGACACUCCAGCCCCCCCCCAACCCCCUGGCCCCCAAGCCGCCACUCUGUGCCCCUCUCGCACUUCCAUGGUCCCAUCUCUUUUCCCCACCUCCCCCCACCCCAAGGCUGUUAAUGAGAAGCUCCUCUCCUGUCUUGCCCUCCAUCAACCUUUCCUCUUCUCAGCCCCAACAGGGAGGGGUCAGAAGCCUCCAGCUGAACAUCUCUAGGUCUAGAAAUGGGUGUGAAGGUGACUGAUAGUGUAGAGGAAAAGAGAACAUUCCAUAUAGAGGCGGUUGGAGGAGGGAGGGAGAAUGGUGGGCAAAGGAGGGCCCCACCUGUCCAUGUGUCCCCACAGAUUAGCAACAGGUCCCUCCUAUGUGCAUGUGCAGCCCCUUUGCAGGCUUCACUUGUCCCUGGGCUGGGAGCUCUGGUGCUGCACACAACCUGUGCUGCCUUCUGUGCUGGUCCUAAUAAGGUGGGUGGACCUUGGAGUUGGGGCCCCCGGGCCGGGCAGCCACCAGCCGUGGACAAGGAUACAGCAGGUAUCUGGGUGUCCAAUGGGGAGAGCCCAGCUGUGCCAGGUUCAGCAGCUCCACUCACGUCCUCAGGGGCUAUGGGCAGCUGUGUGGGUGCAGCUCACACCACUGAGGAAAUGGGGAGUCAGCAGCUUCUGUAGGAAGGGUGGGGGCUGCUGUGGGAAGAGGAGGGAAAGGAAAAGUGGGAGGCUUCCUGGUGGAGAAAGUCACCUAAGAGGCCCCUUCUAAGCCCCCUGGGUAGCCUGUGUUGGGGCCAGAUCUCCCAGUGCAGUUACCUACCCCCAGACCCAGCCUGAGUCCCUGGAAGGAGGGGAGGGAACUCUACACAUGAGAACUGACAGCACUCUGGCCUUUGACUCUCAAAAGCCCUAUGAUGAGGUCCGGCUAGGACAGUGAGGCACAGAGCAGUGUAAUGACAUGCCAAGGUCACUCAGCAAAUGGCUUGAGAUCAGCAGGGCCUGUGUCCCUUCUGUCCACAGCAUCCUCUGAGUCUGGGGGUGGAGGUGGCUGUCACAGAGGUGCCAUCAGGGCCAGGUUUUCUUUCACCUACAAGAUGGUGUAUGAAGAGCCUUAAGGCAGUGUGCCAAGUGCCUGACACCUAGGUGGAGCCUACCAGCCCCCAGAGAGAAAGACCCUGGCAUCCCCUUCUGUGUGUCACCAACCCCUUCUUAGUGUCCACAGAGGGUUCCUAGGAAGGAACAACAGCGUUUGUCCCUUGGCUACAGAGCAUCAACUUCCGGAUGCAGGACUGUAUGAUGGGGAAGCCCUUGUGCAGCUCUGGCCUCUCAAACCCCAAGCUGCUACCCGGCCCAGGGAGGCAGGCAAGCAGGCAGGCCUGGAACAUCAGCAGAGCACAGGAAGCUGGAAUCUGACCCCUAGCGUUGGGCCUGGUCUCCAUGGCAGCCGUGGAUUUAUUACCCGGGCCUCCACCCAGCUUGGUGGACUUUUGACUUGAAGUGGGGAGGAAGAGGAAUGAGAAGGCGGUGCAGGGGACGGAGAGUGCACGGGUGGCAGCCGGAGGACCCUGCGUGAUGGCCAAGUUUCUUUCCCAGGACCAAAUUAACGAGUACAAGGAAUGCUUCUCCCUGUACGACAAGCAGCAGCGAGGGAAGAUUAAGGCCACUGACCUCCUGACUGUGAUGAGGUGCCUGGGGGCCAGCCCAACGCCGGUGGAGGCACAGAGGCACCUGCAGACUCACAAGAUAGACAAAAAUGGAGAGCUGGAUUUCUCUACUUUCCUGACCAUCAUGCACAUGCAAAUGAAACAAGAGGAUCCAAAGAAGGAAAUUCUUUUGGCCAUGCUGAUGGCAGACAAGGAGAAGAAAGGAUACAUCAUGGCAUCUGAACUGCGGUCCAAACUCAUGAAACUGGGGGAGAAGCUCACCCACAAGGAAGUGGAUGAUCUUUUCAAGGAAGCAGAUAUUGAACCUAAUGGCAAAGUGAAGUAUGACGAAUUUAUCCACAAGGUCACCAUUCCUGUGCAGGACUACUGAAUCAAGAGAAGAAGAGAGCCUUCCCUGGGCCUGAGAACUCAGACUGAUGCAUUUUUAAAAAGAAAUGUGUUCCUUUCACUGGAGGGAGAUGGCAAACCCAGCAAGCACACAGAGCUGACCACAGCAGAGUAUAGCUUAGUAAGGAAACCAAAUGACUUUGGCUAUGGUAUUAGCUAAAACAGCAUGUAUUUUAAUAAAAGACUUUUUUGACUUUA